CUCUGUCAAUCAGUCCGGCCCUUGGCAACAUGGCUCAGAGAGGGGCUGCCUGCGAGAGAACUCUGUCGCAGAUUCACGCCACUUUACAUGUGGCCAAACUAGACCCGUCCGAGUUACAGCCAACAGUCCAAUGCCUCUCAUUCAGCGAGAGUUUCAGCUCCGAGGAUUACUGCCUCAUGGAAGUGGACGAAACGCUGUGCAAACACAUCGAAUCUGGGCAGAGCUUGAUUAUUCGAGGUGAUGUGGAUGAACAUGCUGUGCUGUGUAGUGAAGAUAAAACGUAUGAUCUGAAGGUUGCUGAUACGUCAAACAUGUUGCUCAUCAUACCUGACCUCAAAACCCCUGAUCAACUUGGAUCUGAGUCAAGCGCAGACAGUUUGAUACACUGUCAGAUUUAUGGUUUUGCUAAAAGCUACUGGGAAUUGAAAAGAACUCGACCCAAAUUGAAGAAGUUGAAGAAACUUCUAAUGGAAAACCAAUACGAGGGGCCUUCUAGUGAGAAAGAAAGAAAUUCAACUUAUUCAACGUAUACAAAGGAAGAUUUAAUGGAAAGGAUUCAAGCCAGUGAACAGGAAAUAAUGCAGCAGUUACAGCAGAUACAUGCAUGCAGGAUUGAAGGGUGUUGGAGAAUUUUGGAAUUUGAUUAUGAAAUGAAGCUGCUGAGCCAUGUGACCCAGUUGGUUGAUUCCGAGUCGUGGUCUUUCAGUAAGAUUCCUCUCACUAUUUGUCUACAAGAACUGGAACUUCUUGAACCAAGGGAGAUGAUAGAACAUUGCCUUAAUUGUUAUGGCAAAAGAUACACAAAUGAAGCAGGAGAAGUGUUUUAUGCGUUAAAUGAGGAUGAAGUUUGUAAGUCUAUCGCACUGAUGCUGUUAAGGAAUGCUGUAAAAUUCAAUCUGUCUGAGUUUGAGGAGGUGUGGCAGCAGAGCGUACCUGAGGGCAUGACAACAAGGCUCGAUCAACUCAAGGGUGUUGCUCUUGUGGAUAGAAAUUCAAGACCACAAGUGAUUUUUCAAUUAAAUGUCGAGGAUCUGCCAGAGAACACACAGGAACGUUUCAACAGCCUAUUUAGCAUCAGAGCAAAAUGGACUGAGGAAGAUAUUGCUCCAUACAUCCAGGGUUUAUGUGGAGAAAAGCAGACUGUUGGAACUUUACUGACAAAAUAUGCUCGUUCAUCGAUGCAGAAUGGUACGAAAGUGUUUAGCUCCAGAAGACCAAUCUAAUGAUGGAUUUGAAAACUUGAAAUUCAUCAGAAGAAUGUUUGCCUAAAAAAUGUACAAUGCAUGUUUGCCUCUCAUUCCAUCUCCCAUUUUUGUGGAUUUGAAAUUGUCAUGAAAGUAUUUUUCAGAAUGCAAGUGGUAUGUUUUUGGUUUGUUAAUAAAAAUAAAGGAUAUAUUUUCUGGAAUGACACUGCUGUUAGUUCUGUCAAAGAGUAGGCUGUUACUUUAAACUUUUGUAGUAAAAUGUUGUACCUAGAUACAUUAGCUCUACUUUUCCUUUUAAAGUCUCAAUGCAUUUGUAGUCAUGUUAUUUGUGAUGAAAAAAUCUCAGCCUUUCUUGCACUCUACAGUCUUGCACAAUCAUGUGCAUUCACUCUGUAUAGACUUCAUGUUGAUUGUGAAGUGAAUACAAUAUUUGACAUGAGCUGAUCACAUAUGCUGUUGCAUUGUGCUGAAUGAUGAUUUGAGAGUGGAGCACUGAUUACACCAGACCUUGGACUUAUGUAUUAAGAGGAAAAUAUGUAACUGCUCUGGUGUGGUUCGACUGAUUUGAUGUUUUUUGAUGUGACUGAGUCUUUUCAAAAAGUGAUGGUCAGCCAAAUUAUUGUUGAAUUUAGGCUUGGGAAAACUGAAAAAUAUGCAGUAAGUUGAGGUGUCCUUGGUAAAUGCACAUGUAUUUUUCUCGUUCACAUGUGCACAUAUUACGUAGCUAUUUUUCUCAAAUUGUAACCGCAUCAAGGUCAUUUGAAGCAAAAAAGCAGUGACAGUGAAUCAGAAAAGAUGACCAGUUCAACGGCUUUGUGAGUGAAUUCACCAACAGCCCUCACUGCAUAGUUACCAUUUGUGUGCCAUGUGACUGCAAGAUAAAGACAUUUAGAAAAGGAAAGUCCUCCCGUCCCCGAGUCUGACAUUGAUAAGAAGCUUAACUGGACCAACCACUAUCAACACUGUCAGUAUAAUAACAUAGCAAGGAUCAGGUAUUAUACGAAAAAAAAUUCUCCAGCCACCUCACUGAGAAGCCUCAAGUUAGCAGUGUUAUGUAAUACCUGUCAUUCACUGCAUAUCAACGUUUGAGCUUAACACCACACAAAUGAAACAUUAGAUGGGCACACCUGUAUUGGACUACAGGUAGUCUGUAGAAUGGUGGCUUCAGUUUGUACAAUUUAGCUUAUACUGCCAUUCCUUCUUUGUGUUGAUGCCCUGGAAAACUCUACCUAACAUCAUUUGUGAGAGAUUUGUCAUCACAGGAACUGCAGUAGGCCUGCACCCCUGGAUUUUAGAAGAGUUAGAGGUGACGUAAUCGAAACACAAGAUUCUGAGGAGACUUAACCGGAUGGAUGUUGAAAGGAUGUCUCCUCUUGUGGGAGAAUCUAGACCUAAGGGUCAUAGAUUAAAAAUAAAGGUGUGCUCAUUUAAAAAA